AGCGACUCUUCAGCUAACUAUAGAAACAACCGAGUAAAAAACCAAAUCAACUUGGCAAGCUAAAAUGUUUUUACCACAAUACCGAACAGUGUACCGGAAAACUUCUACUCUACGAUUUCCAACGUAUGUAGUGCCAUAUACAACGCAAUCUGCCACACGAUUCCCUAUCCCCUAUAUACCCGAAGCGCACAUAUAUAUAGUUUAUAUGUUUACAUUACAAUUGUACCGAAACCUAUAUAUCGACACAAGAAAAAUACAAUAUCAAAUCAUCUGCUGUCGGAUGCUGUUCUGUCAUGGGUGUUUAUGGAGGUUGUGGCUUAUGGCAAAAGUAAAGUUGGAAAAUUUGAAAUCAAGUAGAACGAAUCAUAUAGGCAAAGGCGGUGAACUUCGGCUCGUCGGCUGUUGUAUUUCUGUGUGUGGGAUUAUACAAUUUUUGUUUGGAGUUUUUGGUUCGAAUGAUAUCUGAAGUGAACUUUUUUUUGGCGAAAUAAAAACAACAAAAAUUACAUUUUCUAUUCGAAAUUGACGGUAAAACUUAUAUGUUCAAAUGUUAUGUGGAGUAGUUGGUACAGUUUUUAAGUCUAUAAAAACGUUAAUUGAUAUUAAAUCGUGAGUGCUUUAAGACAAACAAGAAAACUAUAAUUGCAAUUGGACAGUGAACGAUAUACAGGAUCAUGUCGAAAUUGUUAGUGAAAUUGGUUUAUUUUCGUGAUUAAACCUAGUAACACCCGUUGAAGAAAAAAAGAAUUCUACGGAAAUUUAAGCAAAUUACGGUUGUAGAAAAAAAAAUUCAUGAUAAUGGAACCACCAAAUACUUUACUCUCGGAAAAUAAUAACUCAGAUCAACGGUCGUCACCUGUAUCCUGCUAUUCACCGCAAAAUCGAUUAAUUCCAUGGCCAACACAAAAUAUGUCGUCCAAUAAUGGCAACAACAACGAGUGCACUACAUUAAGUUCGAUGACCAAUGGCAAUAAGAAAGUUCAACAUUUGGGGCUGAUAUGUGUGGUGUGCGGCGAUACCAGUUCGGGAAAGCACUAUGGCAUAUUGGCUUGCAAUGGGUGUUCGGGAUUUUUCAAGCGAAGCGUGAGGCGAAAAUUGAUUUACAGAUGUCAAGCUGGUACUGGACGAUGUAUUGUUGAUAAGGCCCAUCGAAAUCAGUGUCAGGCUUGUCGACUGAAAAAGUGUCUACAGAUGGGCAUGAAUAAAGAUGCCGUUCAAAAUGAACGCCAACCACGAAAUACAGCCACUAUUCGUCCGGAAGCGUUUCGUGAUAUGGAACAGGGACGAGCCCUGCGAGAAGCUGCUGUUGCCGUCGGUGUAUUCGGCCCACCAAUGUUAAUGUCACCAUCCAGGUACGGUCCCGGUUUACUAACACCACCGUCAAUGUCGUCUCUACCCACAAACCAAUUGCUACAUCAUAGUCAAAUAACGUCGUUGACAAACAGUAUGGUUCAUCAUCAUACCGCUAUGACGAAUGGUCUGAACGGGUUGACGAACAACAACUCAUUGAACACUAACAACAAUCACCAUGGCGACAUACACAUGAGUAACAACAACGUCAAAUCUAUGGUAUCGUCGAAUAAUUCGUCAAGUGGUUCGAUUCCACCCAGUUCACCAAACAAUAUGACGCGAUCGUUAACACCCGUUCCGAAUCCAAACCAAGAACAAUCGGGUAAUGCACGAGGAAGUCUCAGUUCAGUUGGUUCAGCGAGUCCGAAUCAAUGUAUCGAUAAUGAUGACGAUUCCAUCGAUGUCACAAACGACGAAGAGCCCAGUUCGCAUGACGUACCUCUGCCAGUUCCUAAUUUCGUUACACCAUCGCUUUACGCCCAUACCCAAGAAACAGUUUACGAAACUAGUGCUCGGCUACUUUUUAUGGCAGUUAAAUGGGCGAAAAAUCUACCAAGUUUUGCUAGUUUGACAUUCCGGGAUCAGGUGAUUUUAUUAGAAGAAUCGUGGGCUGAGCUAUUUCUUCUAAAUGCCAUACAAUGGUGUAUGCCUCUUGAUCCCACGAAUUGUGCUCUUUUCUCGGUGUCGGAACAUUGCAACAAUGUUAUUGGAAACGGAUUAAACAAACAGUCAAUUUCUCAGAUUGCAUUGGAUAUUCGUUCAUUGCACGAUACGCUCUGUCGCUUCAAAUCCGUCUUAGUCGAUCCAGCCGAAUUCGCGUGCUUAAAGGCGAUAGUCCUAUUUCGUUCGGAAACUCGGGGUCUCAAGGAUCCAGCACAGAUAGAAAAUCUCCAAGACCAGGCACAGGUCAUGCUAUCACAACAUUGUCGCGGUCAAUUUCCAGCUCAAAUAGCUCGAUUUGGAAGGUUGCUGUUGAUGUUGCCGCUGUUGCGCAUCGUGAAUUCGCAUAAAAUUGAAUCGAUCUACUUUCAACGGACUAUUGGGAACACACCAAUGGAAAAAGUAUUAUGUGAUAUGUAUAAAAACUAGUCAAACAAACAAAAGAUGAAGUGAAAAAAGUGAAAAAAAUUUAAUU